AUGAUUGGUUGUAACUUUCUCCUAGAGAUCAGUGAGGCACUCUCAGCAGCAAAGGGAAAUUCUUCAGCUUUUGGAAACAUCAGUAUCAUUUUAGCUGGUGAUUUUGCGCAAUUACCUCCUGUUGGAGAGAAACGAUUGUACUCACGGCUUGACACCCGCAGCGUAGCACAAGGAGGAACACAGCGUGGCCAGAAAGCAAUCUUUGGAAAACUGUUAUGGCUUUCAUUCAAUACUGUUGUUGUUCUUGAUCAGAUCAUGCGACAAGGUGGCAAUGAGAACAUACGAUUUGUACAGUUACUAGCUAGGCUUCGGGAGGAUAUUGAUGCAACAGCUGAAGAAUGGAAUGGGGUACCUAUUAUUGUAUCUAAUAAUGCAGUGAAGGAUGCUCUGAACGUGAAGGCCACAAUUGCAUUUGCUCAACGAACAGGCAAAGCACUCCAUUGGUAUUAUUCAACAGAU